AUGGUCGCCGGCAAGACCUCCCCCCAGGCACUCGCCCGCGCCGCGACCUCUCCGAAACUUCCACCCCUCCCCAAACUCCGAGUGCGAAAGCCCGACCAAGCGGAACCCAACCCAUGUAUUGGCGUGAUGAGCAGUAUGCUCACCUGCUGGGCGUCUCAGGGACACUCGGCGCAGGGGUGCGCGGUGUUAGAACAGCAAUUGCGGGCGUGUAUGGACACGAAGAAACCGCACGUCAAGCAGAAGAGCAACAUCAAUUCGACGCUUUCGAGAUUCUAUCCGAAAAUCAUUGGGCCUCAUAAGCGGAAAUGA